AUGAAAAACGCUUAUUAUAGUUACGAAAAUGAGUCUGAUGUGAACGCAUUGGCAUGGAUCAGAGGUGCGGGUGGGGAGGGUGGCAAGUCUAACUUCCGCGCGGAAAUGAGUUCUUCAUUCUGGACGUAUUUUUUGGAAAAAGGAAGGCAAAAGUUGCAGGAAUACAAUAAGAAACCCAAAACAAGUAUUACUUCAACCUUACUAGCCGUACGUUUGGGCUGGGAAUAUAGCGACUGGUCAGGUAUUCCUAUCAAGGAUCUUUUAUCUACAUCCGAGCUGAAGGAGUACAAUGUACUUAUUUUGUCGGAACGUAAUAGCCGUAAAAGAGAUGCUACUGGUUCGGAGUCCGGCAACAGCUCAAAAAUGUCAAGGAGUGAAAUAUGCAGUAAUGAGUGA